UUUUAUUCUGAUCUUCAUCCGUGCCCCCGAAGCUGCCAAGGCACAGCCCCGGGGGAUUGGGACGUCUUCCCCUCCUUUGGACGACUCAAGCUUUGUCCCGAACCACAAUUGUUCGACUUUAACAUCCAUAGCGACCUGGACAACCCUGAUCCCGAGGCUCUCUUCAGAUUCCGUGCUUGCACGAGUGGCGAUGCAGAGACCGAGGAAAACGCGCUUUUCGAAGCUCGCCGUCAGACAUCGGAGAAUGCCGAAAGCCAAUGUGUCAUUGGCCAGCCUGCUCAGGCACAAGUAUCGAUCACCACAGAGCAUCAAGGGCUUGGGUCCACCAAUCCAGUUGCCGAUGUCAUCUUUGAAAAGCUCAAAAGCUAUUUCGAGGAUAGCCUUCACUGUCGGCAAACAGUCACAUUCGCAUAUCUGAACGGUACGGUGGUUGGUCUAUACACGGGUGCUGAGAUUGGCAAACCGUCCUCGAUCUCGGCUGUGCUCGAUGAGAUUGCCCAGCACCCAGCCCUCAAUGACGGAGUCACAACCCGAAUCACUGCCGAGAUUUGCGAAGAGGACAGAAACUCACACCAUGUCUUGGGUGUCUUCAUUGACACGACUGGGGAUGUGCUUGCUGCUCAAAAGGCUCUGCAGCGCUGGGACGACCGAGAUUGUCAGUCGCGUCAUGGUGGUUCAGUCCCAUGGAAAUCACCCAUCACAAUCUUCGAAACACCCUUGGAUGCAGUGCUUAGCGAACCAGCACUUGCCAAUGGUACUCCUCGGGCGACAUGCAGCACGACCUCCGCGGUCAGCGGGGAUCAGUGUAAGCACUUGGCCGCAAGGUGUGGCAUCACCAUCGCACAAUUAGAGUCAUUCAAUCCCUUCACCGACUUUUGCACGACGCUCAAGGCCGGGCAGCCUGUAUGCUGCACUGCUGGUGACCUGCCCGACUUCAAGCGCAAGGCAGACUCUGAUGGUACCUGUGCAACGCACCUGGUCCAACAAGGAGACUUUUGCGUCAAGAUUGCCCUUGCGAAUGGAAUCACGCAAACACAGCUGGAGUCCUACAAUAAAGGCUCGGAUAAGACCUGGGGCUGGACAUCGUGCGAGAAUCUCCCUGUUGGAAUCAACAUUUGUGUCUCUGAGGGCAAACCACCUCUCCCAGCACCUGUGUCUAAUGCAGUGUGCGGGCCGACCAAGCCUGGGGUUUCGCAACCGCUCGCAGGUCAAUCGCUUGCAGACCUGGCUCCAUGCCCACUCAACAUCUGCUGCAACGUGUGGGGGCAGUGUGGCAUGACGCCCGAUUUCUGCAAGUUCACAGACUCCAAAAUUCCGGCAAAUCCUGGUACAUCUCCGGGAGGCAACAGCCCGUGCAUUUCGAAUUGUGGUACCGAUAUUGUGACGGAUGGCUCCGCCCCAGCAGCGUUCGGCAGAGUCGGGUACUACGAGAGCUGGAAUUUCGGGCGUUCUUGUCUUCAUCUGCGCGCUUCCAAUGCCAACGUGGGCGAGAAGUAUACUAUCAUUCACUGGGCUUUCCUGGAGCUCAACAGUGACUACACUGUCAAAAUUGCGGAUGAGUAUGGCCAGUGGGACGAGUUCGUGGCAUUGACAAGCGCCAAACGCGUCGUCUCGUUUGGCGGUUGGGCUUUCUCCAACGAUCCUCCAACCUACGAUGUGCUUCGGCAGGCCAUGAGUCCCGCGAACAGGGACACGUUUGCCAACAGCAUUGUUCAGUUCCUGGACAAAUACAAGCUUGACGGGGUCGACUUCGACUGGGAGUAUCCAGGUGCUACUGAUAUUCCUGGCACGCCCCCAGGCUUAGCCACCGAUGGUGCCACCUAUCUCCGGUUCCUCCAGCUGAUGCGACAGAAGUUACCCCGGACCACCGGCAAAACUCUGUCCAUCGCGGCUCCAGCCUCGUACUGGUAUCUCAAGCAAUUCCCUAUCAAGCUCAUGGCAGCGUCUCUCGACUACGUCGUGUACAUGACAUACGAUCUACAUGGUCAGUGGGAUGCCGGUAACCAGUGGUCAGCAGAAGGCUGUCCUGCUGGAAACUGCUUGCGGAGCCAUGUCAACAUCACAGAAACUUAUCUCGCACUGUCGAUGAUUACCAAGGCCGGAGUCUCGCCGUCCAAGAUUUUUGUUGGCGAGUCAAGUUACGGGCGAUCUUUCCGUAUGGCAACCAUGGGCUGCACGGGACCCAUGUGUACCUUCACGGGAGAUAGGAUGGACUCGCAAGCCGCUCCAGGCAUGUGCACCGACACCGCAGGCUACAUAUCUAAUGCGGAGAUCGAGCAUAUCCAGAAAACAUACUCAAAGGUCCAAUCAUUCCACGACUCGCCUUCCAAUACUGAUAUCCUUGUCUACGACGACCUGGAAUGGGUAGCGUAUAUGACAGAGACCACAAAGUCGACUCGCAGGAAUUUCUGGAAAGGCUUUGGCUUUGCAGGCACGAUAGACUGGGCCGUCGACUUGCAGCACUUCAAUGGUGAUAGUUUGGACGACAGCAUCAACGAGUGGGAACUGGACGUCGGAAUGCCAGCCAAGUGCGGUGGCUUUUACACGAAACUUGAGGACAUUGAGCACAAUCUGGGCAACAUCCCGAUUCAUUGUCGCUCGCAGCACAUCUUGACGGCCAUGCACAGUCUGCUGGAGAACACCGUGUCCGAGUUUGACGAACUUCUGCGCAAUGGAUACGAGGACAGCUUCAACACGUAUGCCGAUGUCGUUGUCGAGGGAAGUCGUGGCGCGGUCCAGGACUUCAUGUACAAGAACGGCAACAGGUACUUCACAUGCCUCAUGACCGAGACCGUUGACGACUGUUACCACUGCCACUGGAGGACGGGCGCGGGCACACCCGGCUGCAGAUACUGCCAGGACUACGACUGCGGCUGGAGUCUGCUCUGUAACCAGCCCGAUGUCCAGUGUUCUGGUCACAAGUGGCGCUUCGUCGACAUGAGCCAGCCCUGCCCUCCAGACUACUCGCAGCGCGGAUCCGAGGCCCCUAACGGCGGUGAGCACUGGCCGCAGGCGGUGCGCUGGACGCUCCGGGCCUCGCAGAGUAAAGCUUUUUGGAAGGACCUGUACGACGAGGUCGGCGUCGACCAGAAGAACAUCAAGUGGGAGACUAUCCAGCACUACGGCUGCGCCCCGACAGACGAGGACUGCGGCAAGCGCUACCACGAUUACAACUUUCCGGUGCCGGACGGCUUCACGCGCGACGAGGUGCUCGAUCCCAAGGACCUGGUAUAUGAGGCCCGCGGGAAGCUCAACUAUCUUGGGCCAGCUCUGUCCAAGGUCUUGCAGACGAUCAGUGAUGGGCGCUGGGCCGGCGAUCUCGACGACCUGGUUGACGCCUUGGUUAUUCCCGUGGCCAUGAUCGAGGACGCGAUCAACAAUAUGAAGCAGAUCAAGAAGUUUGCCGAAGACCUGAACGCCCAGAAGCGCAAGAUGAUCAUUUUGGCAUUCAUUAGUGCCUUGCUUUUCUUCCUGCCCGUCGUCGGCGAGGUCAUCGCGACUGUUGGAGCGCUCGCUAACGUCGGCCGGAUUCUGUCACUGAUAGGUGCCCUGGGCAGUAUCGGCAACGACAUCUACAGUCUCGUGGAUGAGGGUCACCCAGACUUCUUCACUAUCUUCGGUCUCGUGCUAGCCCCGCUCGACAUUAUCGAUCUCGUUCGCAUGUCGAAAGCUGCUCAGAUCCGGCGGGGUAUGGAUCCCGAGGACAUCAAGAAGCUCGGU